CCGCCUGCCAUUCGCUGCAAACUGUAUCCUGCAGCACCGCCCACUGCACUCCCUGGAGAUUUCCAUGUGUUCCGUCACACAUAAUUUCUGCUUCUGAGAUGCCACCUGUCGCGAAAUCUGCUGCCACAGCAGCUCCACCUUCGGUCCCUGAACAGCGACCACCACCGCAAGUCAAGUCAAAAGUCGCAUUCUCAAUCUUCUUCGCGGCCAACGUCAUUGCUGCAGUCUUCUCGCCAAUCCAGGACUGCGACGAAGUCUUCAACUACUGGGAACCCACUCAUUACCUCAACCAUGGACAUGGCCUGCAAACCUGGGAGUACUCACCCCAGUAUGCGAUCCGAAGCUGGGCGUACACAGGCAUGCAUGCCGCUGUCAUCGAACUUGGACGUCUACUGCCAAUUCUGAAAACAAAGACCUCCCAAUUUUAUUUCCUUCGGAUUGUCCUUGGUUUCGUUUGCGCCUGCUGCGAGACGAAGUUGUUUUCGGUGAUAUCCAAGACUUUGAAUCCGCGUGUCGCCAUCUUCUUCCUCAUGGCCAUGGUAUCCAGUCCAGGGAUGUACCAUGCCUCAAUAGCGUACCUCCCUUCUAGCUUCGCCAUGUAUACGACCAUGGUUGGCUUCGCGGCGUUCAUGAACUGGACCGGUGGCAUGCGGACAGCUCAGGGUAUCUUUUGGUUCGCAGUGGGCGCCCUACUUGGAUGGCCAUUCGCCGGUGCUCUUGUUUUACCCUUCAUCUUUGAGGAACUAUUUCUAGCAGUGACUACUGGACAGGUCGUUCCCUGCAUCAAGAGACUGCUUGAUGGUACAUUCCGAUCUCUUCUCAUCUUGCUGACUCAAGUCGUUAUCGACACGUACUUCUAUAGGAAGCUCGUAUUCGUGCCAUUAAACAUUGUGCUCUACAAUGUCUUCAGCGGAGGGAGUAGAGGUCCCGAUAUCUAUGGCGUUGAGCCGUGGCACUUCUACAUCCGAAAUCUGGCCCUCAACUUCAACUCCUGGUUCUUUCUAGCCAUGGCCGCUCUUCCUCUGCUUUUGCUCCAGCACUUUGCCUCGAGGUCAAUCUUCUCUCAUCAAGCGCUACUACGCGGUAUCACAUUUCUUAGCCCUUUCUACUUGUGGCUUGCGAUAUUCACACUGCAGCCGCACAAAGAAGAAAGAUUCAUGUAUCCAGCUUAUCCCGCGCUGGCCUUUAAUGCAGCGACAUCGUUGCACAUCGUCCUUGCAAAUUUCGGAUCCACGGACCCCAAGAGUCUAUUCAGCAAGAUACCAGCUCAAGUGAAGCUCCUUUUCGUCAGCGCAUUCGUUCUAGCAACUUUCAACAUUGGUGCAUUCCGGACAAUUGGCACCAUGACAGCAUACUCCGCUCCUCUUAGUGUAUAUAGACCGCUCCAGCAGCAAAGCUUCGCACACCAACGUGGUUUCAUUUGCUUGGGCAAAGAGUGGUAUCGCUUUCCAUCAUCCUAUCUCCUUCCAGAGGACACUCGUCCUCGAUUCAUCAAGAGCGAAUUCUCUGGUUUAUUACCUGGGGAAUUCAGUGAACACAUAUCUGGCUACGCAACUUUCGAUGGAGCGUACAUGAUGCCGACUGGCAUGAACGACGAGAAUAUUGAAGACCCUGGAAAAUAUACUCACGUUGAUAACUGUAACUACCUUGUCGACUCACGCAUUCCGAGCAUGCCAGCCACUGAAAAGGAACCCGAUUUCAUGUCGGACACCAAGACCUGGGAGAAGGUCACCUGCCAAAGUUUCCUGGAUGCAAGUAGCACGUCAGUAAUUGGCCGUCUGGUCUGGGUACCAAAUUGGCCAUUCAUACCAGCGCGCUUCCGUAGAACGUGGGGCACCAAGAAGCUUGACGAGAAACUGCAGAGCCUAAACGUAGCCCUGGAAGAAGCAAACAUCGACCCGCAACACCUCCUCUAUGGGUUCCUCGCCCUCUUAACCGCUUGGUGGGCCGUGAGCGCCGGAGUCCGCCGCCUAAGGACCAGGAAACAAGCAAUCCGACCCAGCACGCCUGAUCUCGAGAAAAGAAGCCCCUUCAAAGCACCGCCCAGGCCACCAGGAGUAUGGAUACCCAUGGACUUCAAGCGUCCCCCCGCUCCACCCUACCCCAACUGGUCCCUCACCGAGACAAAGCCCCUCCCCUACCGCCCCUUUCGCCACGGCCCAAAAUACAACAUCACCCUCGGCCUGCGCAACAUGCACUGGGACGAGUGGAUCGAGCUCGACAACGACUACAUGAAGUACCACGACGAAAAAGCGCGACGUAUCGCGGAGCGCGGGGACAGAUGUUGCCGCACGGCGCCCGAAGCCUUUGACGGCGCCGUCGAGCUGCUCGAGGAGCUGUGCGACUACCUGCCCCAGCGAUAUCCUAGCCUGUACAAGAAGACAGACGUGGGUAUUGAUAAUCUGGCUACGGGGGAGACGUUGAAUAUUGUGGAACGCCCGCUGAAGGAAGACCCCAUGGCGCUGGCCGCGCGCCUCGUCCAGGAUGAUCUGGCCAUCAUGUUCGAGCGGCCCGACGGGCAGUACUACCUGCUCGCUGGGGCCAUUCUACUCGCGGGCUUCUGGCGCCUGUCUGACAAAUUCGGGAUGCCGCUCUCGGAAAUCCACACCUCUGGCGACGUCCCCGGCUUCAAGACCAAGCUCGAGAAAAGCAUGAUGAAUUUCUUCCGGAGAGUGCAACCCGAGAGCCCCGUGCUCAGGAACAAUUACUUCAUACAGGUGGAUGAUGGGCUGGCGUGGAGCGAGUCCAUUGGAAACGAGGACGAGGAGGGGAUUGGGUGGUUCACUGCCGAAAAGGACAAGGCGAUUGAACAUCACAUGUUUCGCAGCGAGCGGCAGAGUCUGAGACGGCUCCCGCGCUCCGGCGGCGUCGUCUUCACCAUCCGCACGUACUUCCUGCCCAUCACGGCCAUCUGCGAGGAACCUUACGUCCCGGGGCGAUUGGCCAGCGCGGUGAGGAGCUGGGGCGACGAUGUGAGUAAGUACAAGGGGAAGGAGCGGUAUGGGGAUGUGCUGCUCGAGUAUCUGGACAGGAAGCAUGAGGAGCAGGUGCGUGCGGGUUUGGAUAUGGAGAGGGAGGAUGAGGUGAGGACGUAUCCUUUCUAGACUGUGCGACGUGGGU